AGCUUCUAUGCACUUAAUUUACAAACAUGCCAAUAUUACAAGCGCCAACCUUAGAACUGGGUUCAGGGCCUCAAACACCCAACUUAAUAUCUCCUUCACCAUCUGAAAUAUCAAGUGCAAGUUCUCCAGAGCCACAGAACGUUCAGGCUACUCCAUUAUUCAGGGCACUGACAAUUCGUCCACCUGACCCUGAACAGCCGGCGGGGCAAGAGGAGUUGGAGCGCCGGCUCCCCGGCUACAGGCGCAUCGUCAUCCCUAGAGAGUUAACGCUUAUUGAACUUUUGAAACAAUCCAGUGGCGUAGCAACCGAUGAGGAGGUCCUCAGGCUUCGCGAGGUGAGGCUGCGCGUGAUCGCCGAGCGAGUUGGCUUGCGCCGCCUUCAUGUCUUGGCACCUCAUUUGCGCACCCUGGACUUGGAUGGGAGCGGGAUAUCGUCACUGCGAGACCUGGGCAUCGGCCUGGUUCAUCUUAAGACGUUAAGCGUAAACCGCUGCGGUCUUACGUCUUUGGAUGGUGUCUGGGGAUUGGGGAAACUGAGAGAGCUACACGCGGCCGGAAACAGACUACGCGACCUUCAUGCUUUGGCGGCGUUGCAGAAGUUACAUACGCUCAAUCUGUCUAACAAUCCGAUAGAGGAGUCUAACCACAUAUGGACACUGGGAGUGUGCGGGGCGCUCAGGCGACUCACACUGGUCGGUGCUCCCAUCGCCGACACCCUCAACUAUCGCUCGUCCGUCGCCACGACUCUCCCCAUGUUGGCGUAUCUCGAUGAUGUACCACUCCACGUGGGAGAUGAAGAAAUAAACUUCGAUGACAUUGAAUGUGAAGUGUCGUCAGCUUCAGAGGAUGAAGAUGAUCACAUGCAUGCCAAAGGAAAUCCCUUGCCAACGCCAGUGGAGCCUCAGCCGGGGACUUCAAAAAUGGACUUGGUCCAAGAUCAUCCUCGUCAGCGACCAAGCACAACCGAUUGUGGCGGUCGACGGCCUUUACCGCCGCCGCAGCGCCCGCGGCCCAGCACCGCUCAGGAACGGUCAACCAAUCGGCCGACCAAGCUGCAGAUACUUAGCACUCUUAUGGAUGAGGAGUGGCAAGGUGCCGGCAGCAAGUUGACAUCUGGGGCCCCCUUGUGUGGCAACUUGGCGCUUGCGCUACGGAGAAACAAAAGUACAUCGAUGGAAUCAGAGCUGGAAGCGAUAGAAAGACAGUUGGAGGAGGCGGGCCGGGCGCUGGCGAGCGAGAUACCGCGCGUGCCCGACGCGCAGGAGUGGGCCAAGUUCAGGGACCAAACCGGAAUCGACAUCGACAUAGACUUCAACGAGAGACCCAAAAGCCUGGAUCCGGAGUUAGCUAUUCAGCGUUUGGAACGGAUAGAGAGAGAGACAGCUGGCAGGGUAGACAGGAACGAGAUUCCCGCGCCUAAGUCCAUGUCAAACCCUUACGCGUUAUUCACGACUGCCAUGAACGAGUUUGAAGUCUGGAAGCAGGUCAAUCUGGAUACCAAACCGAGCAGCGACGAUGAGCUGUUCCGUGGGAUGUCGUAUGCCAACGUAGAAGAAGUGGAAUUGAUCGAAGCUAAUCCUCAGUAUUCUUACGUAAGACUAGCAGACGGGCGGGAGGCUACCAUAUCUAACAAACAUUUAGCACCACUUCCUCAAACUCCAAUAACCGUCCUGGAACCACAACUAGAAAUGGAGACGAGACCAUUGAGUUCAAAUGGUAAUGCCGAAGUUGACGAAGUACGGAUGGAAGCAGAUUCAUCACACCAGAACACGGAGGAUUUUGAUUCUGAUUCACCACGCCAAGAUGAAGAAAUGAAUAUAAAACGUUUUAUUUUAGCGAAUAUAUUGACAGUGGUGUUCUCAAGCGUGUUUUUCCUCUUAUCUCUUAUAAGGAAUCUCAUAAAGAGUCCGUUUAAGAAUCCAUUUCAUGUGAGCGAAAAAGAACCGCCGUCUAGGCUGCAGGAACCGAAAUAUGGAACGCAUAAAUAUAUUAAAGCCAAUAAUGUAAAAGUGCAUUAUGUGGAAAGUGGGGAUCCUUCCAAACCGCUGGUGCUGUUCAUCCACGGAUUUCCAGAGCUAUGGUACUCGUGGCGGCACCAAAUUGUUCACUUCAACAAGUAUUACAGAUGUAUUUCCAUCGACAUGAGGGGUUACGGAGAAUCAGACAAACCUAAAGGGUUAUCCUCGUACAAAGUUGAGGUUUUGGUGGAGGAUAUAAGGGACUUCAUUCGUCAGUUGGGUGUGAAGAAAUGUACCAUAGUCGCUCACGACUGGGGCGGUCUUGUCACCAGCAGAUUUAGAGACACGCACCCCGAAGUGUGUGAUGCCGUGAUCAUAUUCGCGAGCGCUUCCAUAGAAGCCUGGUUUGACAGGAUAUGGAACUCCUCGCAGCAGUUCUGGAUGUCUCUGUAUGUCUUCAUGUUCCGGGCGCCGUGGGUGCCCGAAGCGAUACUGAGGAUGGGCGACUUGAGGUUCUUCAAAGACGUCAUGAUGACGAGAGCCAAUAAAGGGACGGAAUUGGAAGAUGUCAACUGCCUCCGAUACUACUACAGUAAGAAGGAUGCCUUCACACCGCCGUUGAACUACUACCGUGCCAACUUCAACUACGGUUUGCCAGAAGUUUGGCACGACGACAACGUGCCGUUCCUCGUCGCCGCCGCGGCCGACGACCCCGCGCUGAGUCUGUCACUGCACGGGGCUAUGAAGCGCUCCUACAGGCACAUAGAGUUCACCGUGGUAGACGACUGCGGACACUUCGUGCAACAGGAGAACCCGGAUAAAGUUAACGAUAUCAUCAGGGAGUUUCUCAACAAACACAUCAAUCUCAUAAUAAAGUACCUACCUAUCUAUUCUGCCAGUCAGUCGUCGGACUCCGAGAUGAGUGGGCGCGUGUACAAACCUCACCAAACCAAAAUGGCGAAUUACGCUACGAUCGCGAAACGGUUUAUAGUAGCGAACUGUAUAACCACAGUUCGCACGGUCCUGGCCUUGGUCUACAUAGCGGUGUCCUAUCUGAAAAAUCCCUUCAAGAGCCCGUGGGAUGCGAAGCUGAAUUUGAUACCGCCGGCGCGACUUUCGGACCCCAAAUACGGAACCCACAAAUAUAUUAAAGCGAACGGCAUUAAACUCCACUAUGUGGAAAACGGCGACCCGAGCAAACCUUUGAUGCUGUUCCUUCACGGAUUCCCCGAGUUUUGGUAUUCUUGGAGACAUCAGCUAGUGCAUUUCAGUAAGGAUUACAGAUGCGUCGCCCUGGACAUGCGAGGGUACGGGGACUCAGAGCGUCCCGAGGGUGUAUCUUCAUACAAACUUGACAUUCUCAUUGAAGACAUUAGAGAUUUUAUUCGUCAAUUAGGUGUUGAGAAGUGUAUUCUAGUUUCUCACGACUGGGGUGGUCUGAUCGCCUGCCGUUUCCGAGACACCCACCCCGGAGUCACCACAGCACUCAUUAUGCUGGCCAGCUCCUCCAUGGAAGCCUUCAACUAUCAAAUAUGGAAUUCCGAAGACCAGAGACAGAAGUCGGGCUACGUGUUCGGCUUCCGAUGCCCCUACGUGCCCGAGCUGGUGCUGCAGAUGAACAACCUCGAGAUAUUCGACGCCACCAUGCGCGCCGACGGGAUCGACAAAGAGGACAUCGAGUGCUUCAAAUACUGGUUCGGGAAAAAUUUGGCCUUCACACCACCGAUCAACUACUACCGAGCAAACUUCCUCUACGACUGCGAGCAAAAAUACCACGACGAGAACGUCCCUUUUCUCAUUGCUCUCGCUGAGAACGACAAGUAUUUGAACCCGGAGCUUCUGGAUGUUAUGAAGAAGAGCUACAAGACGAUCGAAACCCAGAUCAUGAAGGGGUGCCGACAUUUUGUACAGCAAGAGAAUCCAGAUGUAGCUAAUAAAAUUAUGACAGAAUUUUUGAAAAAACAUAAUCUCACUUAGCUUUUUGUUGUCAUUAUAGUCACUCUUUAAAUAAUAAAUAAUUUAAAUAUAAUAUGAAAUUCUUAUGUA